GGCUUCAACACCUCAAAGCACCCGGGUUCGGGUUUUAUGCAACUAUAUACCCGGUUGAGCUCUAUUGUCGGCUUUACUUACGCUCGUCAACCCUUGUUCUUCGCGUUGGGUCUUUGUUCUGUCCCUGAACCAGCAAACGUAACCAAUCUUGACUGGCAAAUCAAUCAAAAUGCAUCACUUAUUCUCAUUAGUGCUGAACGUCAAAGAUCUGUCCAAAGCGGGGGAGUUGUUUACUUUAUCUGAUCGUCUAAUAAUGAAUGACAUAUCCGAAAUUUUGGCAAAAGUACGAGAAAUUACGGCCUCAGUACAUUAUACUCAGAGUUUGACAGAUCAGUCGGUUGUGGAAAUUAUUGUAUCACGAAUCACUGCCACCCUUAGAGAUGCAAAUUGUAUCGAGGACCACAUUGAGGCGUUGGUGGAUUUGUUGAAAACAUGUUUAAACCAUGAUUUGAAGGCAUUGGGAAAGGACAUUGAUCCUCCGCAUGCUAAAAUUGCAUCGGAUGUACUUGCAUCAAUAUUUCUUAAUUAUACAAAACGGAGUGUGAUGAAGUAUUCAAUGUCGAUUGCUGUCAAGUUCCUACACAAAGGAAACCGAGAGUUGACACGAAAUGUAUCAUCUUAUCUUCCACUGGCGGCUAUUGAACACCCUGACCUCGUUGCAGAGCAUAUUCAACCAAUUAUUGACAGCUUAAUUGGAGGAAACUAUAGCUUAGCCAAAAUUCUUCCUCAAAUAUAUCUGCUAAAUCCGGAGAGAGUGAAUGAACAUAUCAUGGCUCUGGCAAACAUUCUCAGUUUAUGCGACGACAGUGAGAAAUCGUGUCUGCUGAAUCUCCUGAAAAUGGUCGCAUCAAGUAAUCCGUCCGUAACAGUACCUCUUUUAGAACCAUCUCUUCCUCAACUACUGGACUGCUUAAAUGAGUAUGAAACCAUUGGCCCCGCUCUUGGAGUUUUGGUUGAAAUGGCGAAUGAGUCAAAACUACUUCAUGAUCAUCUCGACAUAAUCAGCAAUCGAGCAUCGAGCAGUGCAGUUCCGUCAAACGCGUUAAUACUGGCAGCCAAAUUAUUUGCGGAAAUUGGUCGAAAUUCUUCACAUGAAAAGGCUACUCACUCUCUCAACAAGAUGAUCCUAUUGAUUCAGUCAUCGAAUCAAGAUCCAUCGACACAAAUUCAAGUUCUGAGAGAAAUUGUGGUUUUCUCCCAGAAUCGACCAAACGUCAUGAAUGCAGCCGUCAUAUCAACGAUUCAACGCUACUUGACGAUAUCCAGGGGAUUCAGUGGGGCUCGUCAGGUUUUAUUAGACAAGUUAUGGGACAUCUGCAGGAAUAUUACGGUUGUCAAUAUCAGAGAUAACGACUCCACAACGACGGGAGCAUCUUCAUCCACUGAACAUUUGUUAAAGUCCCCCAUUGGGAAUACAGCACAUUCCCCAUCACCGUACUUAUACUCAAACGUGAACUCUGGAUAUGGAAAUUUGGUCAAUCGAAUUCCAAUUUCAAAUACAUCGCAUCCCAGGCACCGUCCAACAACAGGUCCGUCGAUCAACAUCACCCCUCGACUUCAAGCAUCUCCAAUAAUAAAACCCCAACCUACGAGCAGUGGUGGUUUAAAAACUUUCAACGAUAAGCCUUAUGGAUCACAACCUUCAACAACGCUCUUUCAGCAAUAUUAUACCACAACUGGGUCUGGUGGUUCUUCGGGGAACGCUGCUACAACUCAUUAUAAAAGCCUAAAUAGACUGCCUGCAACUGUGAUAACUGGAGAAUAUAAGAAACGAACUGCACUAGUUUCCCCGUAUCAAAAUAGAAGCAUUUGUAGUAGUAUCGGACUAGAUGAUUUUCCUACUGGAGGAUUAAAGUCGAUGAGAAACUCUCAAAAUUCUGUGACAAUUGGCAACUCCAGCAUAAUCCAUCCAACACCCCAUUAUGGAGGACACCACAACCCUCUGAUGGACAACAAUAAUAUCAACAAUUCAAUUUAUUCCGUUCAUCCCCAGCAAAACUUGUCUCUGCUUAAAAACUACUUUUCGGCAAACUCUGGAACUCUUAGCUCAUCCGCCUCCAUUCAUGCAAUGGCAAAUAACUUUGGGUCCAGGUCCACCACUCAUUUGUCCAACAAUAAUCCCCAACAACAGCAGAACUCAACUUCUGUAAUGGGAUCCAAAGGUCUUCCCUCCCCGACGCCAAAGUACGCUACGCCGCAAGACGCUCACACUGCUCCAGUUCACCAACCUUAUCACUACAGCCAGCCAGAAUUACGACAUCACGCUAAUAAUGACCCUGUGCUCCGUCCAAACCAUCCAGACAAUAAUAAUCACCGAAUCAGCGUUUUUGAACCUGUUCCAAUGCGUGAUACAAUUCUCCAUUUUUGCGAAAAACAUUUAGACAAAAUCAAGUCGUAUAUGGAGAAAGUGUGUGUAAGAAUACCACUUCCAGUGAAAUGUACAAUUGAAGAACGAAAGUCCAAAAAAAGUGCCAAACUGCAUUUUUCAUGUCAGUGUAGAACUAACCACUGUUUAUACGUUAGUAAUCGCCUAUUCACAAUGAAGACUCGUCAUCCUAGAAUAUGGAUUCAUCUCAUGUUCUUGGCCUUACAAGCUCGAAAUAGUAGUGCCAUAAGUUCGAGGGAUUCUUCCGUGACAAGUUUAAAAAACUGUUGGGACAUACUCAAGUCUGAAAGCAAAUCAUUCCUCGCCAUCGUCACCAGUGCAUUUCCCAGCGCCAGGGAUCAAGAUCUCCUUUCAAGCGAACUCAGAAACGCAAGUUUCUUUGACAUCUUUGAAUUCAAUGCAAUAAAAACGAAUUGGGGAUGUUUCUUUUGUAAUUAUCCUACGAGGGCCAUGGAAUUCCUCUCCUCUGAGGAGCCCAUUCUAGAAGGGUGCUUAAAAGAAAAGAAGGGGAAAUGGCGACUAUUUAAGCGAUGGCGAACAAGAUAUUUCACACUAUCUGGCGGAGGGCAACUUCAAGCAAAAGGGACGGACUCUUCGUCUACUCUCAACCUGCAUCAAAUCCUUUCCCUCCGUGUCACACGAGGUCAGAGGAGUAUUCCCAAAGCUUUUGAAAUAUUCACGGAGGAGAAGAAGAUAGUGCUGAAGCCCAAAGAUGGGAAGAAUGCCAGCGAGUGGGUGCAGUGUCUGAGCGUCCUGGUGGCACAAAAAGGGGUGGCAUCGGGGGGAGGACGAGGAGGGGGGCGGGAUGAUCUGGACUCUGGAGGAAUCUACUCUGGUCACCACCCACUGGGCGGUGGAAACAAGGGCAACAGCAGCAGCAUGAGCGCCCUCCGCACAGAGGUCUGAAGCCGAUCGACACCAAUUGUUCCUCGGUCAAUGCAGAGUGCAGUCUUUCAUCUGACAAAUUAUUGAGCAAUGCAGUUAAUUAUUCUCAAUCAGCAUAUAUUCGCAAUCGCAACAAUGAUGCAAAAGUAUUUGGACUUAUAGGUAUUUAAGGACAAUAAUGUGGUUUUGUUUUUUUACAAUGUAUUUUAUUUUCAUCUUUAUACAAAUGAUUGCCAAUUAAAGGUAUAUAAAUUAUUUUGUAAAUUGCAAA